AAAACCAGGUUUUCACUCGUGAAAUUCUGGAUUUGUGCUUCUUGCAUCAGAUGUUUUGGAUCUUUUCCGGGGUAAAAUUUAGCGCUUUCCGGAGGUCUACAUUUUUAACAAGCACUCCAGUCUAUCGAAAAUUUAUAUCAAGUAAAAUUGGCUCUAUUAUGAAGCUUUAUAGUGAUCAAGGCAACCCGAUGUUGCUUCGAAUUUUAGCGGCAAAAAAUUUAGCAGGCAUUCCGUUGACGGUACAGUACAUCAAUUAUGAAGGUAAGAUUGUUGUUACUUCCUUUAGAAAGAGUGAAACUUAAUGUAGGGAGAAAAAGAAUACUGCUUCAAUUUUCAUGGAAAAUCUGUCACUCGGUUUCAAUCGAUUUUUGUACAAAAUAAAUUUUUGCGAGAUCGCGUAUGCUCUAAAAAAAGCUCACUUCCUUUAUCCCACAACUUUGUACUCGUUGGAACGUAUUAUCUUAUUAUUUCGACGAAUCGUAAAGAAAUCUUCACAAACCGGGAUGUAAUAACGUUUGGUAGCAUUUUAACACAUUUAACAUGUUGGUCGAGUCCUAGCAGAUUAUAACUCCUGGCUCCCUAGGGAAUUGACUCUCCUGAAUGAGCCAAUAGGGUCAGGUCUGGGGAGACGUCGGGGGGUGCCUUCCAUUAUGUCAGAAUUUUAGUCGAAAUAUAAAUGAUAAAUGAAAUAUUUCUGGGUGGAAAUUUUCCAGAAAUAGUGCCCUCCCCCUUUCCCAGGAGAGGUGGUCCUUUUUGACCAGUCUGUUCAAUCCGACCGAAACUUCCCCUUCCAUUUCCAAAAAAUAAUGUUUCCAGUCCCACCUCAAUGAAUUUAAUCAAAAUUUUGGUCAAUAUGUGAAUCGAACGCUUUGAUCCCAUUGGAAUCUUUGCCUCAGUUGAGCAAUGUCAUUCCAUUUACCCUUGGUUAGUUCUCCUGGUGUCUGACUGGUUGUUUUGGGAUAUUGAAAAGCACCCUGGGCAUCCUGUUCUGUCUAGGUGGGGUACAGGUAAGGGACCAUUUCCUCCAUCCUAAACCACUGCCCCCAUCAUCCCCUGCCCAAAAAAAACAACAAUAAUAAAUAAGUAUAUGUUGUAGUUGAUUUUUUAUCUCAGGUAAUUUUUGUUUUUCUUUUGAUUUUGGGUAUGGUAAUGUAUGCUAAUCUAGUUGAAACAAAGGAAAAAUAAAAAUUACCUGUGAUAAAAAAUUAACUACAACAUUUAUAAAGUGAAUACCCAAUCACCAUUUUUGUUUGCAAGUGUACGUGACUCUUUUUUUCAGAGAGAAACAAAUUUCGUUUGCCAGGACACAGUAAGGUUAGUAUCAAAAGAUAUAAUUUUUUUUCUAUUAUCAACAGGUGUCAGCUAAUUCUGUCUCCUUAAUUUAAGAUUGUGCUGUUUCUUGUAAUCAGUGUGAUUUGUUUGCAGCUUCCAGUGCUUGAAACUGAGAAUGGGAACUUACUCAACAGUGCUAAUAGCAUCUGCAGGUACAUGUAACUUUUACACUGCAUCAUUGACAAAGUGUGAGCAGAGCUCAAGGUGCCUGGAUAUUGGCCAAGUUCUUUGUUGCAAUUUAAAAAAAAAAGCAAUAUUUCUUUUUUGUACUUGAUUUCUUGGGUCUUUAAUUUGGUUUAUUUUGAGAUUGAGGAAAAAUCACGAAAUCGAAGACCCGUAAAUAAAAAGACCCAACAAAAAUUAAACAGUCACAUGAAAUUUAUCACCCAUAUAGAAAAUUCAAACCACAGGAAAAAAAUGAAUAAUAUUUAAUAACUACAACUUACACUGUACAGGUUAUAUGUGUCCACAAAUAUUGACAAAAUAAUUACUACAGGUGGAGCUGGUUUUACUAGUACAUUCCAUCCUGUGACUGUGUCUUCUGUUUUGAAAUUAUGUUAAUAUGCAUUUUGCUUGUUUCAUUUUAUCUCAAUAUUUUAAAAAGUUCAGAAGAUUGAAAAAUAAAAUCAAGUUGAGAAUGCCUGAAUUGCAAAAGUUAAUGCUCUUUUUCAUAUUUUCUUAUUGAAAUCGCAAAAAUAAAAACCUGCUCAAUCCUAUCUUGCUAAAAUCACGAAAUUGAGUACCAAUAAGAUAAAUGAAAACAUAAAAAGAAGAAUGAGGCCAAUAUCCAGCCAUCUUGAACAGAAAAAUUAAACUUCAGUCAAUAAAGGAUUUGCUUUAGAUAAUUCUUUGUUUUUACUUCUUAAGUCAUCUUUGACUUAAUCUCCGUAUAUGAUUGUAUAUCAGUGAUUUUGUUACAGAUAGUUAUGGUGAGUCAUUGGAUUCAUCUUGUGAAAAGUCAUGAGUCCCAGUCCAGACCCAAUUAGUCCCAGUUAUAAAAAAACAAACAAGUUCGAUGGGCCUUUACGUAACCAGGCAGUUAAUCUGAAGACAGACUCCAAAACUCUGUAUUACAGUAUACUGAAAUUAAAAUAACUAUAGUCCUUCUAUUUUAAAGCACAACAAAGGCUAAAAGAAAUAUGCAUCGUUAAACAACAGCCAUAAUAACUGCCACAGAAAUUACAUGAACAGGAUUAUUUCAAUGCAUUCAAUUUAUAUGUCGUAGAUAUCUUCUUGAGCUCAAUGCAAACUCCAAAGAAAAUGCUGAUCCUGAAACAGAAGCUGUUAUUGACCAGUGGUUGGAGUGGGAGAGUACAUCUUUACAGGUCAGUUAUCAUUUUAUCACUGGGUAGAGUCAGGAUUGGUAAGUUUGUUAUUUAUCACUGGGUAGAGGUGGAAGAGUGUCUCUUUAGAGGUCAUUUAUUUGGCAGUGGUUGUGUACAGUUACAGUCAGUUAUUGAUUAUUGGAGAAGGGUGGGAGAGUACUUUAUUAUAUGUCAGUUACUUAUCCGUGGGUAGAGUGGGUGGGUACAGUUUUUAUUAAUGAGAAAGGCUUGGGGAGUACUUUUUAACAGGCCACUUUUUUUCAGUGGGUAGAGUGGGUGGGUACAAUAAUAGUCAGUUGUUGUUAAGUGGGGAAAGGUGUGGUACAGUUUUGGUCAGUUAUUGGAUAGUGGCUAGGGUGGAAGGUACCUUUUUAGGUCAAUUUCUGCUCAUUGGGUAGGGUAUGAGAAUACAUUUUUAAAAGUUGUUUUAUUGACCAGUGGGUGGGGUGUGAGUGUACAUCAUGUCUUGAGCAUCACUAAGUCAGGCGGGCCAGCUCAUGGAAGGACUUUUCAUGCUUGUCAUUUCAUUUCUGACAAACUUACAAACAACACCUGAAAUAUUAAGAUAAGGGUGCAGAAGCAGACUACAAAACCACAAAUUAAUUACCAUUGCUUCUUGUUUUUUUAUUGGGGUUUUCCUUGCAACACAAUAACAUUCCAAAAAUAUUUGUUUGUAGUUUUCUGUUUUACAGUUAGCAUUUAACAUGAUUACUAUAUUUUUUGUUCCAAUGCAGCCUGUACUAUUCUCACAUCUUGUGCUGUCCGUUGGUCUUGGAAAAAAAGAUAGUGGACACAUUGAGGAUCUGACAAAUCUGCUGAGUCAUGCAGAUGGGGCUUUAUCGUCAAAUAAGUUUUUCUCUGGGGUAGAGUAUACUGCUGAAAAUUUUUUAUUACAUUUAUAAAAUUCUUCAAACAUCUUUAUAUGGCUAUAAUAGUAGUGUGCUCUGAUUGGCUGCUGAGCGGGAAAAGGUUUCCUUGUAAAGACCAGACAUCAUCAGCUAGGUGUUCAAGGCAUGUAUAGUCUGUGUUUAACUUGAUAGUGGACAUCCAUGUUAUGGUCAAUUGACAGCUGUCAAAAAAGGGUAUCUGCUGACCAGUGUCACAUGACUGUAUCGCGUGCUCAAUUAUUUAUUAUUGGUUUUAAUUGAUUGCAGUCUCAAUUACUUCCUGUGUUUUAUAUUAAUAGUGCUAAACAGGCCAUAUAAUAAAUGACUUUUUAACCUCGCCCAUUCAGUCAUUACAGGGAAAUCCCAGACCUUGGCCUUGAUGUAUCCACCUCGCUAUAACUGUAAACUCAGUCGAUACAUCAAGGCCUUGGUCUGAGAUAUCCCUGUAUUGACAUUACUCUUGGUUAAUGAGUGGUAUAUAAUAUUAAUGACUAUUAAUAUAAGGCCUGAGACCCAAAAAGUGCAAAUAAAUAUUUCUCAAAUCCAUGAGUAGUUCAUGAAGAAAAACUGACAACAGAAAUCACUACUAUUAAAAAUUUUUGAAAAAUUUGUUUCAGAAAUUAUGUUCAUUUUAAGAAGCUACAUCAGACACUCAACACGUUUUUUGCCCAAUUCCCAGACUCUGAAAAAUUAGUCUAAAGUAUCUUUUCUGUGCUUUGUGGGCCCAUUUCUUGGUGUUUAAGUUUUAAAUGAAGACAAAGCAUCUUAUGUUUGAAACUACCAGCAUGUUCCCUGAAGUACCUUAAGAAUGUAUUUUGAUCAUGUAUUUUGUAAUGUUUUCUUUGCAACAGGAUCAACUUGGUUUAGCUGAUGUGGUCCUUUGGGGCUCACUUCAUCCUUUACUACUUGCUGAAUCUAGUUUGUCUGGUAUGUACAGUAUAAUUAUAUGCAAGCAAUUAUUUUUAGUGUAAGGUCUUUUACAGUGCUACCAGAAAAACCGUAACCACUUGAAAUAUCUCAGGAAUGUUUAUUUUAUCAUGACCAAUCACAGCAAAGCUCAGGACAUGCAUACUAGCCACAAAACCCAGUGAAAUGGUUUGGUAUUUCAUUGGUGUUUAUAUUUAAAAAGAACAUUACAUUGCCAUUUGGGCAAGUUGAAUUUCUCUUUUCCUGGCCCAAAUGUCAUUUCAACUAGCUCAAAAAAAAAAAUUUUGAUGAAAAAUUGAUUUCACAGUUCUUCUGAUAUGUGUUGAUUAUUUUUUGUAAGGUCUUUUACAGUGCUUGCCUGUUGGGCGUUAAGAACUUGAAAUAUCUCAGAAUGUUUAUUAAAAUCAUGACUAGCCCGGGAAAAGGGAGGACAUGCAUACUAGCCACAAAACCACAAAUUAAUUCAUGUUCUUGCUUGUGGUUCAGUUUUCUUACACCUCAUGAUUGGCUUUUUUCUUGCAACACAAUAACAUUCCAGAAAUAUUUCUGGUGUUCAUGGCUGUCCCAGUAACUAAAUCAUUAACUUAGUCCAGAAAGCAACAACCCUAGGUAAGCAAGAUGUGAGAGCUGCGUCUCUCCCUGCUUUAAUUUUUUUUCUCGAACCUUGACCUGUCUGCAGUUUGAUGCCAAACAACUUGGGAGUGAAAUUUAAAAAAAAGAUCUCCAACUCUUCCUUUUCAUUCCUUGACUCCUUUCAUCUUGCAGUCCCACAGAUCAGCAAUAUAGCAAGGUGGCAUAGUUAUCUCAUGACUCAAGAUGUGUUUAGUAAAACUAAUUCUGAAGUAAUGGGGAACAAAGGUGUGAUCGCCUUCAAGGUAAGAAAAAUUAGAACUUUAUGAUGCUACAACAGUGAUGGCAGCGAAUACUUUUUAUAGAGCACGUAAGAAACACUACGAAAUAAACUUUUUCUUUCUGAACUUGGAUAUGUCUUUUAUGGUUUCAACUCUAGAAGACUUCGCUUGCAUUUGACAAAGUAAGCGAGUUGGAAUAAUUGUGAUAGUGAUUGAAAGAACGCCAUUUCCUCUUUUGCAUUUUUGCCACUGUGGCCAUCGUUUGCUGUGUGUUACCGUGGAAACAAUGCAAUGGUUUGCAGUAGUUAGCAUACUGGAAAUUCCUCUUCCAGGCCUUGCAACUCUAUGUACAUGUACAUUCUUGUCCCCAGAGUUGAGAUCCCUGUGAACAGCACCUCAGACUGAGGUCCGAGUUUCAACCUAUCAUUUAUUUUCGAUUUAAAGAAUACUUUUUGUUUUCCUAGGGAUCAUUGUUAGCAAUGUCUGGGCAUGAAGUUCAAUCCAGUUCAAAAUCUCAGGAAACCACUAAAGCCAAGCAGAGUUUGAAAGGUAGUUGUCACAGUAGCAGAUGUUUUUUGGAGUGUUUUUAUCUUUAGAGACCUGGGUCUGUAGUAUUUUUGUCACCUACUAGGGACCUAGAGUUGGGGUUUUUUGAUAUUUUAAUUUAGGACUCUCGGCAAUAAUAAUGAAAUUAGGUAUAAAAUAUGUUUUUUUUUCUUUUCUUUGGUUUUGUCUAGGUUCACAGCCUUCACAGAAAGAAAAUAGGAACGAUGAUCCUUCACUAGAAGAGGUGAGUUGUCAUUUAAUUGUUGUGCCUCGCGGUUGACGAAAAUGAGGGGAAAAAUCGGCACGCGACAAUUCUUCCGCCUGCCUCGCGAGUCCCCGCGUUUUCGCUCACCAGAUAUCUGCCUUCCCUUCCCUCUUCUUCUUUCAUGUCGUUCAAUUUGUCAAAUGUCGGUGAAUUUUUGUGGAGUUGAUGGGGUGACGAUAUGAGAGAUUACAUAGACAGGUGGGUUACCCCACCUACCUGGGGUCCCCACCCCUAUGUAAACAGGAGCCCGUUUCUCGAAAGUCCCGGUAACUUUACGGGCCCGAAAUCAAAUAUUCAAAUCGAAAUAUAAAGAAUAAGAGCGCGGGUCCCCUAGCAAAACUCCAUUUUGGUGAUAGUUUUAUCAUGGGAUCUAAAACGAUUGAAACGACCUUUAAUGUAAACGGCAACAGCUUACCGGGUUUUCAAGGGCCCAACGCAGCGGUUGCAACAUUGUUGCAACAUUGUUACGACCUUGUUUCUCAUGGUUACAACACUGUUUCAACAUUGUGUUGCGCUAAAAACCGUCUUGGCGAAUCAUCCCGUGUAACAUCACCUUAAACCUACUGCUUUUUUGAAGAUUUGACGUUCUUGUUACCGUCGCCAUCGUCAAGCUCCCUAUUCUUCCCUUUGCAAAUGUCUGUGCAACGCGGUUAUGAAAAAUAUUCGGCACAUGUAAGAAUAGACAACAACACAUCGCAUUGUCAAACAGGAGCUCACGCGUGGGAUAGAGAAAAUUUCUAUAAGUAACUGAAUAGUAUUUCCCCAUUGAUGAGUUCGUGACUAUUUGCUUUGUUGCAGGCAAGUCAACCAAAAGUCUGUUCAAAGGAAGAGAUUGAUGAAGCUGUCAAAAGCUGGAAUAAUGGCAGCAAGAAGCGACCUAAGGCUCGCCGCCUUGCUAAACCCGUGUAAGUGUCAUUAGUAAUAGUAAAAUUAUCGCCGUUUGAAGGUCUUGUUCAGGAUUUGGUAACAUGAAACGUUGGAGCAGUCUGAUGCUAGAUCAAACGGCUCAACCCCUUUACUUCCAGAGUGAAUAAUGGAGUUUGCCCUGUGAGCAGAGAGCAGAGGCUACAUUUUCGUGAUAUGACGAUGAGCUGGCGUGCGAAAAGUACGCCAUCUCAUGCCGCGGCUUGUUUUAACUUUUGAGUGCGUGGACGAAAUUCCGCGGUGUGACCAGUCGAAUGAAACCUCUUUGCCAGAACUUUCAUAUGGCGCUAUAUGUUUUUCAGCACUUUACCAAAUGAAGUUUGGAAAUGUUGUCAAGUUUUGACUGAAUUCGCUUUUAAGAGGAGCGGUUAAACGUCUCUUGUUUAACAACGUGACGACGUUGUUUUGGGUCGGGAGCGUCAAAAAAAUAGGUUUAAUGGGAAAAAGAGAGAAAAACAGCAAUUUUGUUCCUGUACCACGUUUUUUGGUACAUUCCUUUGGCGUUACUGCACCACUACCAUUGAGACUGUAUAAUGUGAUGUUUUCUGUAAGACAGACGUAAACGCACGGUAAAGAAUGCUUGCUCUCUUUUUGAAGGUUUUUGUGGACACUUCAUGUAAGAAUUAAGCUCUAGCAAAAUUCGUCAACAGUUGACAAACUGAACGAGUUGUAAUAAUCAAGAUAAAUUUUACAUGUGAAAGAACGCGAAUGCAUUUUAUAACUUAAGUGACAUAUUUACCACCCUCACCGAGCUUCUUUUUUCUCGCUAAGACACGUAUAGUAGAAUGACGACGGCUAUUACGUUUUCCCGCCAAAAUGAGGCUGGUUCACGCGCGCGUACUACUUAGUAUUGAGAAAAUCUCGUUGUUGUAUGUAUUUUUGCUGCAGCUAGUUGUUUCAUUAUUGUUUCUGCUCCUUUUGCUAAACAUAAUCUUUUCUUUACUACACAGUCUUCCUUUGGAAGGAGAGAAGAAUAUUCUGAUCACUAGCGCCUUGCCGUACGUGAAUAAUGUACCUCAUCUGGGAAACAUUAUUGGUUGUGUGCUUAGUGCUGACGCAUUUGCCAGGUAAUUCUAUUGUUAUGAGCAAGCUUUCUCGUAGUUUGCGGGUAGUCCCUUUUGAUUCAGUUGAGUCAAGGCUCUUAGAACUGUAGACUUGCUACAAAUCGACCUCUUGGCGAGCGGAGCGAGCCUUUUUUGGCCGCAAAACGGCCGACCGCGAGCGACGAAGUCGUCCCGCGCCAUAUGAAAUCCGUCGAAGGACUUUUUUGAAAGUCUAUUAGAACUGGAGAGUGGAGUAAUCCUCCUCCCCAGUACCCCUCGGCUUUCUCUUUUUUUCUUGAUUUUUUUUUCUUUCGAGGAACCAUCUUGAAAGACUAAUCUCAUUCUACGAAGUUCUCUCGUUGGCCUACCGACUUAGUUCAUCAGGUCAAAGAAAAUCUGCGUAUUUCUUAAUAUAAAUUCGUCAGGUUUAAAAAGUCGUUGAAUUUAAAAGCGUUAUUCAUGGAAAUAGGAAGCCGUGAAUAGUACACGAAAGUACACGAAAUCACAAAUUAUUGCUCAUUUUCCUUUUGAAAAUAAUUAGAUGAGCCAGUGAUCGCUUUGGCAAAAUUUAAAACCAUCGCUCAAUCUAAGUUCAUGGAAAACUCGAGAAGGCUCAAGUAAGAAAAGACAUUUUCCAGCCGCAACUUUAAAAAGAGGAGCCAUCUGUAUGGCUGUUAGUACAUUCGUGAACCUAGACUGCCUGUAAGGAAGCAUUGGAUUCUGGAUUCCAUGGACUGGAUUCCGGAUUCUUUGUCGGUGAUACUGCUUUCCAAUUGUUGAGUGGGAUUCUGCUCUCUUUGAGCUGUAUUCUGGAUUCCAACAGAGAAAAUUUCCUGGAAUCCAGAUUCCAAAAUCCGAAGUUUCCUGGAUUACGGAAUCUUGAAUCCCUCAAGCGGGGCAAAAGGAAUAUCUCGGCUGGGAGAGGGGAGGUUUAGAUUCUCCUGGCGUUGUUGAAAGCUUACCUUGUGUUAUUGUAUAAGGCACCCGCACAACGAGCAAACAGUUCUUACCCUACACUGUGUUGGUCAUGUAUUGUGGCUAAACGAGCAAGCAAUUGUUUGUGAUGCAAAAUGUUUGGUGCGAAAAGCCAUUUAAAUGCAACGUUGAGAGUGGGGGCUAAACGGUAAAACUUGCUCUUCCAACGCGGUGUUAGACGAAGAUGUUUGAACGUUUAGCCGGGGCUUAACAGAUUUUUUAUAUCGUUUGAACAGAUAUUGUCGCCUUCGUCAAUAUAACACACUUUACAUCUGCGGGACAGAUGAAUACGGUACUGCCACGGAAACAAAGGUAAUGUUUUGUUUUUGUGUGUGCAGAUCAUUGCUCGGCGUUGUUGUGUACAGGUAGUAGUUUUCAGCCUUGCUAGCUAAAAGAUUUCUUAGGUUUUGAGACAAUAUCCAACUAAAAUUGGUGCAUGUCUGUUGAGAUUUUACUUGUGUAACGGUAGUCAGACAAAAGUUAACUGCAAAGGCUAUCACUUUGCAGAUGAUAAAUGAAAUCUACGCUGUGGAAAUUGAAUUGUUAUACCAACGAAGCUGAUGGCAUCAUUUCGUGAAUAUAUGGUAGCAAUUUUAAAAUCUUCUUGCAAAUCUCGCAUCUACCAUAAACAAUUUUCGUUUAAGCGGCAUAAUGUGGCCUUAGUUGAGUCCGACCCAACUUUGUUUUGUCCAAGUAAAGUAGUUACUGGGUAGGACUUAUGUUGUCUUAAAAUAUUUAUGAUUUGUCGCGUGAUGUUUUGUGUGGUUUCCACGAAAUGACAGGUUGCUGUUUUUUGUUACCAGGCGUUAGAAGAAGGCCUUACACCUCAGCAGAUUUGUGACAAGUAUUUCAAAAUCCACAAGGAAGUCUAUGAAUGGUUCAAAAUCAAGUUCGAUUUCUUCGGAAGGACCACAACGCAAGAACAAACCGAGUAUGUAACUACAAGCUCAGAAAAAUAAUGUUAAGACAGUUCUGUCGUAUUCUAGAUUUGCGCCGUGCUACCAUCUCCUGUAAACAAAAAACUAAGACACCCCCCUCCCCCUUUUAAUGCCUUUUUGGUCUAAAUCAACUUGUAUAAUUCUCAUGUUACUAUAAACAGCACUGGAUAAGGAAAGGGGGGGAACGGUCAUUGUUUUAGCGACAGUUUUCAUUUUUGUCAGGAUGAGAGGAAAAAAUAGUAAUUUUUGUGAUGCGUCUCAACACAUUUUGUGCAAGGUUGUAGCUUUGUCUACAUUUUUCCUUUGUCAAUUUUGGAGUGAAAAGUAGUCUCAUUAUCGCUUCUGGGUCAUACAUUUCUGCGUUUUGUAACUGGCGAAAAGAUAACAGGUUGUUGAUACUUUUUGACCCAAGAACAACUAAGACUACGUGCGAAUUUUUUUGCAAAGCUUCCCCUUCUUUUGGUGGAUGAUCUUCCACGGUGUCACUAACAAGUCGUCGAACGCGAUUUAACGAGUAUAGGAGAAAAAAAACCUAUGUUGUUCUCAACAGCAUUGCACAAGACAUUUUUUGGCGGCUUCACAAGCGAGAUCACUUGGUAGAGGACACACUUGAGCAACUUCAAUGCGAGGAGUGCAAAAGGUAAGCCUUUGUUACUGUUUGACCCUUUAACCCCUGAUAUUAAAAUGGAGAUUCUCAUUUACUGUCCCUAUACAAUUCAAUAGAAGUAGUGGGGAGAAUUUGUUGAAAUAUCAAUUAGACUCAACUUCCUUGAUCAUGUACUCAAUUCUUAUGACCACUAUGUUUUCUAAAGCAUUGAUGUUUGUAAGGAGAAAUUUCAUGCUGAUCACUCUUAGGGCUUAAAGGAUUAACCCGUUAGAUAUUUACAGACAUUACAGACAUUAACCCGUUAGAUAUUUUCUUUAAGCCGUCACCUGAUAACACGAGAAACACUAUAGCCUGAGAAACCAGCCAACAUUUCGCGACGCUACCGCUGAUUUUCCCGCGACAUGACGUCUGAGGAACGAGCGCAGAAAUUCCAUACUGAUGACGCGUCAAUACUCAGUUCUGGGUGGUGCUUAUGAUUGGUUAAAAAUUCGCUUCAUCCAAUCAGAAGCACUACCUAGAUCUGGGUAGUGACACGUCAUUAGUAUGGAAUUUCUCCUCUCGUUGCUCCGACGUCUUUUUCGCGGGAAAACCAGUGGUGCGGCGUCGCGAUAUAUCGGCUGUUUUCUCAGGCUCGAACACUCCGAAACACCCCGGAACGCCUGGCAAAAUACAAACAGAAAGCAACCCUAAUCUUUACAAUACAAAUGUUCUGUUUACUUGAUUCCUUUGUUUUUGUUUUUAUUUGACGUGUUCGGAAGUGUUCCAUGUUCCGUGUUUUAGUACAUACGGCCGGUUUUAGCCCAGCAUCCCUAAAAAUGUUGACUCAAAUGCCUAAAAUUAUAUGUUCGAACCCUCCUCAAUUUGUAUCGCGUAAAUGAUGUGGUUUGUGGGGCCAAAAAAUUUAGGGGCGGGGCAAGACCACAUGAAAGUCAAGGGCGCUUAACAAAAACUCAGAACCGGACGGCUGGCCAGUCAUUAUUAACAAUUAAAUAGGCUUUUUUUCAAGAGUCUUCGUCAAAAAUCGUUCAGUGUUGUGCAUAUUAUUUAACUGGGGUGGCCAGUUCUGACUAUUGGUGUGUUUCAUUAGUCCUGUGACACAUGAUAGGUGUUAAUGGACAGCGCCCUCAUUUUAAUCGUGUAGAUGGAAAUUUUGGGGUGCCCAAACAUGAAAAUAUUGGGUCUUCUUAAACCAUGUGACUCGUUGGUCCCCUGUACGGUUCCAUGCUACCGCAGCUUCAAAAUAGCCAAUUUGUUGACAACUCGUCUCCGUUUAUUUGCAGAUUUCUAGCUGAUCGUUUCGUUGAAGGUACCUGCCCUUUCUGCAACUACGAGGUAAUACUUGAGAAAACUCGAUUUUACCUCAUUCUUGCAGCUCAUUUUUUCCAUGUCUUGACUGAAAUUUUAGGGAGCUUUAACAACGGCAACGGCGACGGCAACGAGAGUGUCAAAAAAGCAAUAGUUUUAUUAAGCAAACAACUUUGCACGUGCAUCACACUUUUUUGUUUAUUUCUUUGCCGUUCUUGCACGACUACGACGUGAAAACCCCCCACUUUCACUUUGUAGGAGAACGUAAACAAGCGACGACAAAUAUUUCUUUCUCUUUCUAAACUUGAGUACGGUCCCCGAGAAAUCUACUCCAAAAAAAUCACCAACAUUUGACAUUUUCAGCUAACUGACAUAAACGCGAAAAUGUUUGGAAAAAAACGCGAAUUCUUGUUGAAAGUGAUGUUUUCGCUGGCGUCGCCGUCAUCGAUGCUGAAGCUCCCUAUUAAUUCUUGCACAGCUGCAGCCUAAUCAAAUAAGAGACGUUUGAGAUAGCAACUUGCAGUGUAACAGCAAAUAGUCUUUUUUUCACACAGUCUUGCAAUUCUAUGCAAAAACCAAGCUUUGAAUUUCCGAUGUGAGUAGUUAUGUAAUCCUCUUUUUUUCUUCGUCAGGACGCCAGAGGAGACCAGUGUGAUUCUUGUGGAAAGCUUAUUAACGCCAUUGAACUUAAGGUAAAGAUUGCUUUCUUCGUUGGUAACGUUGCGCUAUUUUGCAUUUUAAGAUUGCCGAUUGAUUUUAUAUCAAACAAAAUUCCUUUCCAGAAACCUCGCUGUAAAGUCUGUGGGGGAGCGCCAAAAGUGAGAUCCAGCAAGCACUUAUUUUUAAACUUGGCCAAGGUACAUUGCAAACUACUUCUGUUAAUAUAAGUUGCUUUCACCAUAAGUAAGUUCAACUCUAGUAUUUGGUGACUGCCAAAUGAACAGGGUUCGUACAGAGUCUUGAAUUCUUGAAAAAGUCUUGAAAUUUGCCUAGCAAUUUUCUAGACCUAGAAAACGUCUGGAAAAAAUGAGUCAAUGCUACAACAAGUGCUUUUUAGGCAAUUUUUUUGUUUUGCUUGUUUAAAUCGGUUUGUGUGCAAGUAAAGCUCGAGUUCGUUUCCUUGACACUAUUGUGUUAGUUGAGAAAGAUGAUUUUGAUCCGUUUAAAAAAAGGUUGUAAUCGAUCCGAUUCUGCAGGCUUAAGGAAACGAUAAAAAGAAACUUAUUCACUGUCUCUUUUGGUUUUCGCACAAUUAGAUUAUUUCAAGGUUAUCAUCCCAACUCGAAGUGAAUUAGAAUUCUUACUCUGUGGAUUCUUCUUCAUUUUUUAUAGCUUGAGCCGUCGCUAAAAAGUUGGGUCGAAGAAUCAUCUAGUGAAGGUAACGUGAAACUAGAAAAACUAAUAGUUUAAGACUAGUAAAGGUUAUCUUACAAGGACUAAAUGUAGUCACAGUCGCAGCAGAGUUAAACGCAUUGUUUAGACUCAAUGGGAUGAGUGAAUAUGUGUACUCGUAUCCUAAGAACAGAAUUUUCCCCAGGAACGUGGACAUCGAACGCGCGCCAUAUUACCCGCGGGUGGAUCCAAGACGGCCUCAGACCUCGCUGUAUAACACGUGACUUGAAAUGGGGCACCCCAGUUCCUUUGGAGGGAUACACGGACAAAGUAUUUUACGUGUGGUUCGACGCACCUAUAGGGUAAGAGGUGGUAAAGAUAUUUAACGACAGACCUCAUUCGCAAUACUCGCCAUAUUUUCUCCCGCUCAAGGACUGACGGGAUAAACAAGCAGUGGCACGUGAUUUCCCAGGGGCCAACAAUGAAUCCUCUGAGACAAGAAAUUGCGGUCGGUUUUGUUUAUUCUAGGCAACAGGAAAUGAAGAACUUUUUAUCUUAAAGACCAUGCUAGCAAAUUUUUAGGUGGAACUUGCAGGAACUGAUCAUAUAUUUUUACUUUUUGGUUGCGGCAGCAACUGUAGAUGGCCUCACAGCAAGCACUACGUUUAUGACUUAAAACUUGUCGAAACUCGAACUUUGCAUUUUGCAAGUUAAAAAUCGUCGUCUUGUUUUGAGAAAAUAAACAAACGCGACCGCGAUUACUUAUAUUGGCAAAUUUUAUCACUUGUUUGCCGCCUGAGGUACCACGUGACAUUGCUUAUAUCCCGUCAGUCCUAAAGUGCGUGCAAAGAUGGCGGACAUCGUGAACUAGGUCUAUUAGAUGACAAUUUUCCAUGCUCUACAUGACAGCAUACCGCCAUAGAAAUGAAGCCAAAAGGUUCAAAAAAAUUAAGUGGAACCGCAAACUGCAGAUUACCUGAUAAUAAAGUUUGACUGACUUUGGUUUAAGCACGAUUAUUCAACAAGAUCAAAUUUAAAGUCUAACAGUUACUAUGAUUUGAAAUUUUACAUUUCCAUUUUUUUCGUUAUUGUUUUGUAUUAUUGUUAAAAUAUUUCUUUGAUUUCCGUUCGAUGCCGCCGUCAACUUGUAUACUACAGUUUUUCAGUGGACACUCGCGAAUUCACAAAAUUACCUCGAACAAAAGAGAUUGGGAGUGGCGAAAAACCAUUACUCAAUUUUUUAAUUAAUUUUAUCCCUGUAAAACCCUCAAGCGAAAAACACUAGCGCUCUUUUUGUGCUUACAGUUUCCAUAGAAACACAAACCAUCGGAAUGCCGAGGGAAUGUUGUCAAUGUGUCCAACGUAUUUUUGUGACGCGACUAUCUCUCCCUUAAGUUUGCGAUGUUUUUUCGAUUACUGAUAUCGAUAAAAGCGUGACCCAAGCUCUACCAUGAAGCGAGUGUUCAGAAAUCCAGGAGUAGAAUAAAGUUUGAAGAGUUUUGUUGUUAUUUUAGGUACUUCUCUAUCACUGCUAAUUACACAAAAGAGUGGGAAAAAUGGUGGAAAAAUCCUCAACAAGUGAGUAGCAUAGCAAAGAAGGAGGACUCCAUUAGAUGGUGGUCGUCACAUCACCCCUCUAUGCCAACUGCAGAACAUUAAAAUAGUAGUGACCAGAGAUCAAUCUUCUCCCACGAAAUCAGGGAUGAAGUUUCACGAUGGCCAAAAUGCGUCAUUUUUCCAUACUUGAUUUUGGUAGGAGGUCUUAUUUUUGUCGUCUAUUUUGUCAAAGUAUUGUAUGGGGAAACUUCAGGGUCAGCAAGGGCAUUUAACUCUGUAACUUAUCCAAGGGGAACCGAAAUUAACUGUCUUCUCCAAGGACCAGUCAUUAACUGAUUUUUUGUAUAGCGCAACAACUGAUCCAACAUGGAAACAAAGUAGCGGAAAUUGUAUUGUUAUCCUCUGACAUUACGGAUUUUUAAUAUACUCUUCGCUGAGAGACUUAAUGAGAUGUCAUGUGACAUUGAUGUAGCCAAUGAUAGCACGUGUUGUUGUGAAAUAGUUCCAGCUAAAUGGGACGCGUAAAUGACUCUCUAACUUUGUAAUUCUUGGCAGUGUGACCAUUCGAAAGAAACCGCUACAGCAUUACUAUCACAUGGUACUAUUUUGAUCCUGUCAGCCGCGAAACCCUAUGCUGUGACCAUUCAAAUAAAACCUCUUCUCUUCGGCAGCACUUAAGCUUGGUAUUAUUUGUUUGUUAGUAGCUGCCAAAAUAAAACUGUGAAUUUUUCAUGAAUUUUGAAGUAUGUGAUUUGUGGAACGAAAGGAUUAUGACAGAGUUUGUCAAUCGUAAAUCGUAUAUUUUAUAUUCUUUCCCCAGGUUACUCUGCAUCAAUUUAUGGCGAAAGAUAACGUGCCUUUCCACACUGUCGUAUUUCCGUGCACUGAGAUCGGUGCCGACGAUAAUUACACGCUUCUUAACUCGAUUAGUGCAACAGGUAAGAACUUGUAAGCUACUUACUGUUAAUGUCAACUUGUUAUAGUGAGUGCCAACUUGUAAGCUGGUUAUUGAUAGUGUCAACUUGUUAGCUACAUAAAAAGAAAGAAAGUUCAAUGUAACGCAUUCAUUCAUCUACCGGCCAGUAAAUCAAGAUCGGCCUCACAACAUCGCAAAACAGCUAGAUUAGUCGACUCAGUAGUCGAAUUAAAUCAACGAAGAGAACAAAAACCUUUUUGUUUGUUUGCAGAACAAAGAUUCACUCUUGUUAACAAUCUCAACGUUCCGUAAAUGGCAAGUAAUCUUGCUGAUUUAAAUUACGAAUUUUCAUUUCAUUUCAUUUCAUUCUUCAGAAUACCUUAAUUAUGAAGAUGACAAAUUUUCCAAGAGUCGUGGGGUUGGAGUUUUUGGCAAUGAUGCCGCAGAUACCGGUAUCCCAGCAGACAUCUGGAGAUUUUACCUUCUCUACAUGCGACCUGAGAACCAGGUUAGUCCGUGGUCUCUUGUGACAGCCUUUAUCAUUAUAUGGAUACCUCUGCUAAGAGGAAAUAGAUUGAAGCCAAUCAGAAACGGCGAAAUAAUUUGAAUGAGUGAUAAAUCGUAUGCUUAGUCAAGAUAGCUGGAUAUUCAGCUCGUUUGCUUGUUUUUUUUUUUUUGUUUGUUUUUUGUUUUUGUGUUUUUAUGGGUUGGAGUUAGUGUUAGAUCAAAAACGCAAAACGAACUUGGCCAGUAUUCAGCCAUCUUCACCUCACGGUUGCACUAAUCAAACUCCCUAGUCAUGCUUGCUUGUUAUGUGAAGUAGAUACCAAUAAGAGGUUGCUCAGUGAUUUUGAUGUCUUAUGAUGUACAGUGCACCAUUUUCUCCAUUUUCUGGCUUAAGUGGUGUCUUACUUGACUUAUUUUGAUUUUUCCCUACAGGAUAGUGCCUUUAGCUGGAAUGAUUUCGUCGCGAGGAACAACAAUGAACUACUCAACAAUUUUGGAAACUUCGUCAACAGGUAAGGCUUUUUAAACUGAUUUGGUUAUCGUAUCUUUAGCUCAUUGUACCCACUGUUAUAAACGUUAGACGUUAUCAAACAUCUUACAAGAUCAACGCGCCGUAUGAUACAUCUAGAACCUUUCAUUGCCUGUAAGUGUAUUUCGCGAGACCAAUUAUAGUCAUUUUCCGCCAUGAUCCUCUUCCCCACACGUCUAACCUCCUUCCGACCAAAAGACAACUCUACGAGAUUUAUGAAGACAUUCUGUUGCCGUAUCUAGCUACCUAUCAACCUCUCUUAUCUGUUACCUUCCUUUUGACCCAGUCCCUUGCGCAACCUCGUAUAAGCCAAUAAAAGAAGUGAUAGCCUCUCCAAAGAAGCCCCAUAGUGCAGUUCGACACAACUCUGACCCAGUCUCACUCAGCCUCAGAAUGGCCAUUAGACCUUAAAACCAACCAAUCAUACCAGAUUUAUGAAGACAUCUCACUGCGUCAUCUAACUACUUCGCAGUCCCAUUAUCCCUCUCUCAAACGAGGCUCGAUUUAUGCCGCUUUCUCAGGCCCAGUCUUGGUCCUCCCCGAGAAGAAUCUCUCGGGGGGAGGGGAGGGGGAUGUGUCGGACUCAUUUCCCGAGCAGCGCUUGGUAAUCGAGCCUACCCGCACAUUUGACAACAAACUGUCCAGCCCUAAAUCUAAAUGAUUGCAUAGCAGCGAUAAUUUUUUGUUUGUUUAUAUUUUUUUUUUUUAAAUAAAAUGACCGUUUUCAGGGCGUUGAUGUUUGUGUCUAAUAACUUUGGAGGUGUUGUACCAAAAAUGGACCUUACUGAAGACGACAAGAAUUUCAUAGCACUCAUCAACAAAGAACUCAAGUCCUACAUAGAUGAUAAUGAGAAAAUGAGGUAGGUCUUCUUUGUUUUUGCUUUAGAAAGGUGCACAAGAUUGUAAUAUUUUUAAAAGCAGAGGAAAGAAAAAAAUAAUUGAAUAAAUGCCAGCACGUGUAGAGCGUUUUCACAUGACGUCACGUCGCCCAUAUUGUACAAAACAAUGAAAGGGGGGUUAUGUCGGUGUACCAAAAAAAUCAUGUGGAUUGAACAUGAGGAUUGAACUCUUCUAUCAUUCAAAACGGUUUUUUUUGGUUUGAAAAAUUGCAUAGCCAUUGAGCACGUGAGGGAAAACGAUCUAUUGUUAGACCCCAAUCUCAGACGCGUUUUCAGAUUCGACGAAGAACUUGUCACGUGCUAUAGGUCAAAACUGUCCCUUGAGAAAUUUAGUCUCGCACGUGAUCAGGUCGUGUACCUUCAAACCGCGGGAAAUCUUAAGAACCAGUUGGAUUGAGCAAGUGAUUUCCCAACCUCGUUCCCAGGGUUCUCUCCUACCCGUCUCUACGUCCCAGGGACGGGUAGGAAAGAACCCUGGGAACGAGGUUGGUAAUUCUCCCCUUUUCAUGGCCGAAACUCACUGUCUCCCUAGUGGCCAGUCCUUAGAUGCUUAUGUUUCUAUUUCAGGCUUAGAGAAGGGUUGAAAGUUGUUUUAAACAUGUCCAAGCUUGGUAACCAGUUCAUUCAGUCUAACAAACCCUGGGUUCUAGUCAAAGGAAGCGACUCUGACAGGUAUGACGGCAAUGAAUACAGAUAACCCGAUUAUAUACGUAACCCUACAUAUGUUUUGUUCAGCGGGAAAGCACCAGGGCCGAUUCUUUGUCGCGGCAGAUUUGAACAAACCUGUUUGCUUGCCUAUUUGUGUGGCUUCGUUUUUUGCUUUCUUUACUUUGCUAUUCACGUUAUCAAAAGCAUGGUUGGUGAUGCAUUUUUCUACCAAAACACGGAAUACAGCUGAGGGUUAUCUUGUAAAUACCAUUUUACGUUGAUUAACUUGUGUUGUGGAUGUGCGGUGACGGGACUACUUAUUUAAAUAUAUAGACGAGUUGUUAAGGUCAAGUCGUGGGCUCCACGCGCGCAACUUCCGCGGUCGUGAUUAUGAAGAUAUCGCAACUGAUAGCUACGAUGAUGAUGAUGAUGUUGCCACUAAUGAUGAUGAUGAUGAUCUCACGUUUAAGGACCUAUCAGUCAAUAAGUAAGAUAAUGUGACUUUUGUAGAUCGCGUGCAGGCACAGUCCUUGGUGUGGCUACAAACCUGGCCUGGUUACUUUCGGUCCUCAUUCAUCCCUACAUGCCUGGAAUCUGUGAAGAAAUUCAACGCCAACUUCAGGUUCGUUUAGUCAGUGUUAGUUCAGGCGUUGAUAUUUGGUUUUGUUGGUUUCUAUUGCUUAACAGAUCUCUUUAUUCAACCUGCAUACUCUUGAUAAUUACUCUUGAAUAAGAACAGAAACAAGAAUAAGUCUGUUUAAACUACAGCAAAUAAAUGAAGAGCUUUGUGAUAUGGCUACUGCAUUCUGUACACGUUGUAAUGUCAGGACUCAGUUUUUGCUUUUGAAGGAAGACCCUAUAACAAACUAUUGCAGUAGUCUGACCUACUAGUGAUUAACGCGCGCAAUUAAAUCGGCAGACAGUCUCUUGACAAAUACCUCUUGAUACUUCUUAAGUUUUCAAUAUAUGGAAAAAGUAAGCUUUAUGUACGUUCGAAAAAAAGUGUUGACAUUUAAAUUUGAAUCAAGCCAGCAGCCGCAAUCUUAAACAUUAGAGCUAGGUUUACUAAAUGGCAUCAAUUUCAUAAUUGCUGCUGAACUCUGAUUCAAAUGAACUCUAUUUACGGUGGUAAACCAAAGUUUUAAAUCGGUGACAAACAUUUUCAGAUCACGGACGAAGGAAACGUGGUGCUGGAUAACUUUAUUCCUUACCUUCAACCUGGUCACAAAAUUGGAAAGGUAAGAACGAGGAAAUAUUACUUCGUCAACUCAGCAUUUCUUUUGUGUGUGUCCAAAACCUCUCAGCAAAUUCAGGUAGUGUUGUUGAAGGUUUUUUUAGGCUUUGCGUUCUAUUUAGCUUCCUUUGUAACCAUUGUGAUGUUAAGCCUUCGUUGCCAUGGUAUUACCGUCGUUUCCAUGACAUUUCGUUGUCAUAAUAAUUCUCUCGUUACCUGGGUAGUGUAUUUGCUGCCAUGGUAUUGCUUUCGUUCUUUACCACGGUGGUGCUUUUUUUACUACCUUAACUAAGUUUGACGUGAUAGAAGGUCAAAACCCGCGUGAUCAGUUACUAGUGAUACAAGUUCCAAACGCACGUGAUCAAAUUGCGUUCUAUGCGGUCCAUUCACUCGUAGUGGACGUCCAAAUGCUGGCUACAUACAUGCCACGCAUGCGUAAUAGCAACCUUGAGUUGAGCAUUAGUAGUAAUCAGGGAAAAACAAAUUGUGGUCGAGAUUCCUAUUUGUGUGUGCGGGUAUCAUCGGAGAACGUGUGUGAUGUCACGUGGAUUUAACGUGAAAAUGAGGCAAGUAGCUUGCGUGAAAUUCUAUGGCAAAGAAAAUGGUCCGAUAUUUAUUCCCCCCCCCCCAAAAAAGGUUGUUCUUUCGUUGCCAUCUUUGUUUUUUUACUACCAUGUUAGCGGCCAAAAACUGUACCCAUAUUAAGCUUGCACAUUUUCGUGAACAAGGUAAUUUAUCGCCUUGCAGCCGAUUGCUAAUUUCUCUUCAUUUGCACGAGUCGCUUGUGAGUGAACCCUGUGUACAAUGUAAAUAUUUAUUUUUAGCCGCAGCCGCUGUUCCAAAAGAUUGACCCCUCGAUGGCCGAACAGUUCCGUGCAAAGUAUGGCGGAAACAAACAAAAGCAACAGGCUGCGAGUGACAAAUCUAAAAACCACAACACUUCUGACGGAAGUAACGCGGGCAAAAAUGUUGCUUCAUUACAAGCAGAGGUCACUAAACAGGUAAGGGACGUUACGUUUUUCUAUGUCUAGAGUAGCACCAAUAGACAACAAUUUUUUUUCUUGCCGAAGUUUCGCUACUUCUGACACAAGUAAAACGCAAGCACAAGUAUGAGAGACUCAUAUCAAGUAAGUACGAACGCCGAGGCAAGCGCUAAGUUUAAAUCAGGAUCAAGGUCUGUUGGAACGGACGCAUCAUUUUCUCAAAUGCUAAUAAGUGUGGUCGGUUAUAAAAGAUAAUGUCCGUAGUAUUUUUAUGAGGAAACUUUCGCAAAGUAUGGCGGACAAGUGGCUGCGCAUGCUCGCGCUAUCGCGGUGGUCACGUGCGGAAGAUUUUAUCAUAAUUUUUCAGCAAAGUUUUUGUGUUGUGCAUGGCCAACAGUGAGAAUCGAGAAGGGAACUGGAGCCGCAAUGCGUCCCGCAAUGGUUUUUGGUAUCGUUACUGGACGCGUCGGUGAGCUAUUAGAUAGUUUAAGCAUUACGUAUACGGCAAACGGCAAACGUCAGAUUCAAGUUGAGAAUUUCUCAAAAUAGAAAAUGAGCAGAUAAAAACAGCUCAAAACAAUUCUUAUGGAUAAAAAACUGCGUGAAACUACUAAUUUAGGUGUAGAAAUUAUGAACAGUAAACGACAAGAAAAGUUGGAAACUUGGUCAAGUGGCACAAAUUCGCGUUUGCCGUUUGAUGUAAACGUGAUGCUUAACCUCUCUAUUGGCCAGGUUUAUCCCUCAGUAACAGUUCCAGAAGUCUUUGGGAAAGCUAACUCGGCUCAAUUUCCUUCUCUUUUCUCUAGAAGAGAAUUGACUGGUAAAGACUAAUUUGCCUUGAGGAACGACUUUCUAUCUCGUGUUGAGUGGAGUCACAGUGGGUUGUUAAGAUGACGCUUAUCGUGUAAGCGACAACCGUAUACAGCAGUUCAAACUGCUGUUGUUAUUAUUUUAGAAUCUCGCCAAGAAAAUUUAUACCGUAACAUUCCUUUAUUUUAAGGGCGACAAGGUGCGAAAAUUGAAGACUGACAAGGCUGAAAAAGCCACAGUGGAUGCUGAAGUUGCCAUUCUUUUAGAGCUCAAGAAAAAGUUGGCCAUCGCCGAAGGAAAAGAUCCUAACGCGCUAGAAAAUAAGGGGAAAAAGAAAGGGAAAAGGGCAUAAAAUAGAGGCUCUUUUAGAUUUCUUUGCCAUUUAAAAAACUGUGAAAACAUUUGGAGAACACUGAAAAUUCAGUGUUCUGAUAAAUUGCCGAUGAGGGAAAUCGAGAGAAUUUCCUCUGUCUGGUAGAAAAAUGCAUUGGUAUAACCACAGAAUCGAACGCAGAACCAGUUGCUGAAUUUGUAAUUACAGCUUGCUUGUUUUAAAGCGUAGCCGACAGGAAAAAAACCGCCUGUGUGUUGUUCAUCGUGAAUUUACGAUGAAUUUACCUCCAAGAUAUUCCGUAUAGCUGUUCCGUCCUUUUAAACGGUGAUGUAUGGACAAAUCAAAUCCAUUUUAGACCAGAUAUUCAGUUUUUGACUUAAAGUGAGCU